AUGACUCAACUGCAAAAUUUCGAGUCCGUCGGUACUGUUUUCAAGGCUCCACGACGUGCCCUUUCCCCUCAUGUGCACAGCGCGUCUGACUCCCCGAUCGCACCCACCUCCUACCAACCACUGCCUCCUUCGUUCACCACCGGAUUCUCCCCGUCCACCACCACCAAAUUCUCCCCAUUCUCCACCACCGGAUUCUCCCCGCUCAAAUCGAUUCUGCAGGCCUCCCACAUCCGCCAUGCACGCACGCCAUCACCCGAUCACAACGGCUUGCGAGCGAGCGAACGCAUGCAAAACACGGCGAUGGGUCAGCGGCGACGCAGGAGGAGGGCAGUCGUUGGCUCUCAGGGAGCGCGUUGGGACGCUAUACUAGGUGAGCCGCCGUCGCUCUCGCCCUUCUACAGCGUACCGGUGCGUGCGCUCGCGUCCCUCACCACCACGGCGUGCAAAGACGCCGUGUCGUUCGUUCGCCGCUACCGCUUUCCCCGCACGGAACGACAUGGCUCCACCGCAUACAGCCACGCUCUCCUCGCCAUCAAUGAGGAGGGCGAGUCGUUCGUUCUCAGGGAGCGUGUAGGCGGGCCAGAGCGGACGUAG